CCGCGUCGGCCUCUUCGUUUCCGCUUCUUGCCGGAUCUGUCUGAGCGCUUUGUGAUGGCCCAUGCAGGUUGUCCUCCGGUGCGGCGGCCGGGGGUAGGAGUGGCAGCUUUGGUCACCAGCUCGGGCUGGCCUGGCUGCGUACUGCUCGGUAAAAGGAAAAGCUCGUUCGGUGCGGGCACUUACCAACUCCCCGGCGGCCACCUGGAGUUCGGAGAAAGUUGGGAAGAUUGUGCCAAACGGGAGGUUCUUGAAGAGACUGGGCUUCACUUAAAGAAUGUGUUCUUUGCCACGGUUGUAAAUGGUAUCAAGUUAGAAGAAGAUUAUCACUACAUCACAAUUUUCAUGCAGGGAGAAGUAAAUACGGAUUAUGACUCAGAACCAAAGAAUUUGGAACCACAGAAGAAUGAAGGAUGGGAAUGGAUCAGAUGGGAAGACUUUCCACCGGAAGACCAGCUAUUCUGUCCUUUGGCUUGUGCAAGACACGUUUAUCAUCCAUUUCAAGAAAGACUUUAACAUUUUUCUAGAAAUUCACAAUAUGGCAAUGGUAAUCAGUCAUCUUUUUUGUUUAUUAUUGAACAAAGUGUUGGCAAGGACUGUGAAAUCCUGACUGAAGUGAUAAAUUAGAUUGGAAGCAGUAAAUUAGGUUAUCAAUAACACUGAAGCUAUUUUUGGAUGCGUGCUCUCACAUUAAAUAUUGUGAAACAUUUAAAUGUUAAAACAUGCAUUAAAGAAGUAAGUAAAGUUUC